AUGUUGAGAAUUUACGAAAUCUAUGACGCUUUAGAUGAAUUCAACACAUAUGUCACGGUGAAGCUACAGAAUGUCAAGUCUACGACGGCAGUCGUACGAGGCAAUAUUCCAUGUUGGGAACAAGAGUUUAUUUUCGAAACGAAUCGUCUCGACGAAGGCAUGACCAUAGAGCUAUGGUCAAAAGGUGUGCUGUGGGAUCGCCUUCUCGGUGUGCACUUCAUGCCACUUACAGAUGUCCGCUACUGUGCGACACCAGGAGAUGGAAAAUGGCUACAGAUUGAUCAAGAAUUGGAGACACGCAACGGACAAACUGUCGGUACCAGUAAGCCUACUGGUCAUAACGUUCUUGUAGACGCCCGCUUCGAGUUGCCGUAUGGUGAGUUCUGCUGCGCAUUUGUUUUUUACUCGUUUCUUUCCAAAUAUUGCCUACAUUAG